AUGGGACUCCAUUCUCAUAGUCCAGAAGUCUACGAAUCCUCUUUGUUCGUGGAAGACUGCAAAGGGGAUCGGCAAAACUUGACUUAUGGGUCAUUGGAUCGGCAUGCCAUUCCGCGCUAUCGACCAGCCGGUCAAGGUGGCUUACUCGGGUUGGGUCCGAACUAUCGAAUAGUUUCACGUUCAGAUACACGCCUCGAUGUGGAAAAUAUCGAUAUUGAUUCCACACGAAGGUCCCGCAGACAGUCUCUACUCGAGGACCUUCCCGAAGAUGAUGCGGCGGAGAACGUUCCAUCCGGAGUGAGCAGCGAAUCAGAUCUACGCAAGGACUUUCUGAGCUUCGAUAGUGGGCAUCCAAGGAAGAGGAGACGGAUGUGGGCGGAACUGGAACAUGUCCCUUUGCAAGAGGAUGAGAGCAGUGAGUCAGACCUAGACAGUGAAGCACCUUCACCCUCCAAGGACGCUUUCGAGGAGUUCAAGAGGGAUCCUGCCCGUCAGCGCCAUAUCGAACUCUUGAGAGCCACGGAAACUCGACCCGAGGACGUGUCGGCAUGGCUUGCUUUGAUCGAGUAUCAGCCCGUUCUAUUUGGCGAUGCGCACAGUUCCCGCAGCUAUGCCACUCCCUCCUCAAGAACGGUGGUCGAUCUCAAAAUAUCGCUUUACGAGCAAGCAUUGUCACGCGUCAAAGGCCGCGAAGGUCGGGAUACUCUGAUCCUGGGUCUCAUGCAGGAAGGGAAGGCCAUUUGGGAUGCAGAUAAACAGGCGUCUAGGUGGCGAACCUUCCUCGGUGACGAGGCCUCGUUUGACCUAUGGCGGCUUUAUCUGAACUUUGUCCAGACAAACUCCGUCAAAUUCAGUUUUGAGACCUGUUUGAGCAUUUACAAGCAAUGCCUUCAAAAAGCAGGAAACGAGUCAUCUGACUCGAGAGACGCUAGUUCCAUAUACGUCCUUCUCCGCCUGACCUUGUUUCUGUGGCACUCUGGGUUUACGGAACGCGCGGUCGGGAUUUGGCAGGCCCUCCUCGAAUUCAAUUACUUUCGUCCCCAUAUUAGCCCUUCCACUGAACUCAUACCAUCCUUUGAGGGAUUCUGGGCAAGCGAGGUUGCGCGAAUAGGGGAAGAAGGUUCUGCGGGGUGGCGGUCGAAUGCAAACGGUGAGGUUGAGGCGAGAAGCGACAAGGAUUUCCAGGUGCGGGACAUGGGUUUUGAGGCCUGGGCAACUGCCGAAACUGAGCUUGAAAGAACCGCAGGGCUGCCUGCAAGAGCUCUAGACGAGGUCAACGAUGAUGAUCCUUAUCGCGUUCUCCUCUUUUCGGAUAUCAAAGACUUCCUCUUCUCCCCGACCACCGUGAAAGGCUCGUGGCUUCUGCGAGAUGCAUUCUUCCUGUUCAGUGGCCUUUCGCCACUAUCGUCACUGCCAGAGUCCAGAGUCUGGGAACGGGACCCUUUCAUUCAUAGCCACUUACCUCUCCCCGGCAUCUCUGUGGAAUCUGACAGCCCUGCAAACAGCAGCUUUGGGUUCCAGUUGCGCUUCCAAGAAGUCUUCCUGGCGUCUCAGCAAGUGAACUCCCGGACACACGGCGUUUCACUUUCUAGCCCUGCAAGACUUGUCGAUUCGUCUUUCAGCUUUGUUCGCCGAGCCAUAUCUCAGCUUACGGAACUGGCAGUUGACGAAGAAUCGAGUGAUCUGCAUAUGGAAUAUGCGAUUGCAUUAGAGGCUGGAGUAGACUUGAAAUCCGCCAAGAAACAGACGAGGACAUUUCUCAAGCGCAAGGCUGACAGUCUCAAACUGUACAAUAUAUAUGCGCUACUCGAGUGCCGGCUGGACAAUUUUGAAGGUGCUGAAAAGGUUUGGUCAACCGCGUUGUCGAUGCGACAUUCACUCGGCCCAAAAGAACAGCUUGACUCAUUCCUUCUGUGGCGUGACUGGGCAUACUCGUACAUGCGCCGAAGACAAUUUCAGAGGGCUAGGGCCCUUUUAAAUCGCAUAACAGAGGCACAGGUUGACUUGGCUCAGCUCCGAACAGAAAGCGAGGAGACUACUGAACCGUCUACUACAGUGCGGAUAAAGGUCGACCAUUACAUCAAAACGCAUAUCGAGCAGAGUCGCUCCCAGAAUCGAGCUGAGCAAUUGCCGACACUAAUCGACGUUCUAACAUUGCAUAGGUAUCUCAAUGCUGAUCUGUCUCUUGACAUAGCCCUACAGACAUACCAUGCAUCUUUAAUCUCUUUCACUGGCUCAUCGACAAUAUCUUCUGCCGUGCUUGAAGCCAUUCACGAGCAGCGGGCUCGCUUCAUUUACGCCCAUUCUGUGACCUUUGGAAGGAGCUUCAAACCGCGAGGACUCGUGCCCAUUCUCAAAGACUCAACAGAAAUGUUUCCCGACAACCUCAACCUCUUGCUUCUCCAUCAUUAUUUCCUUCAGAAGGCCGGAUUGUUUGAGCGGUUGCGGCAGCUCGACCCCAAAGAAGAGGGGCCCAACGAUGUACAAACCGGAAAAAGUAUCGUUCGAUGCGUGCUUGAGUUGAUGCUGGAGCUCAACAGACCAUCGUACAGCGGAAGCACUGAUCAUAGCAUUCGCUCAGCUUUCAAACGAGUGACGCAACCCGGGUCUCCUGGGCAUGACAGUGUGGAAAUAUGGUACACGUAUGUUCAGUGGGAAACCUCACUAAUUGGAAUCCAUGGUCAUUCAAACCUAGGGAGAAAAACAUCAAAGAGACCCGAAGAGAAAGCCCACAUAUCUGCAGCAAUGGCCACGCAAUCCUUUUAUGCAUCGCUACGAGCAUGUCCGUGGUCGAAAGGACUAUGCAUGCUGGGAUUUACACUUCCAAUAUUGAGAGACGCGAUUGGAGACGCGAGACUUAGACAGGUGUAUCAAACCAUGCUAGACCGAGCCGCAAUGACCUCCACCUUCACCGCGCAGCUGCGCACUAUCGCCGCAAAUUCUACGAGCGAACUCGAUCUGCGCGCCCGACGAGGUGCACACGCCGAAUCCCUCAUUUUCGAACGCAGUGUCGCCGUCAAGCAAGAUUGGGAGACAAUAUAUCACGUAUGUGUGGAAGGCUUUCGAGAGCUGUGUUUACUGGAUACAAGACUGCAUGAAUUCGAACAAAACCUCUACAGCCCUCAGUCCAAAACGCAGGACCGAGAGCUGCUGAACAAGACACAAAAUGAAGCGUUGGGGCUCGUGAUAGAUCGAUGCCUUAUUCUCCUUGGAUCCAAGGUGUUGCUCCGACCCGGCCUGAAAGCAGUGGAGUGGCUCGUGCGAAGAUUUCGGGUUCAUGUCUACAAUACGGAUGUGUUACUGGCCACAUUUUUACCGUACCACGAAACACCUUUGUUCGAGAAUAUUUUGAGAAUCAUCCCAUCAAACAGAUUUGUCAGUGGGUGGAAAUUCCUGGCGCCCUACCAUAAAGAAGCUGCCAGUGUUCCUCGACGUGUGGUCAUAUACAGCGCCACUCACAACGACGCCUUUUUCUCCCUUUUCAACGAUUACGUCCUGCAUGCAUGCCAGGAAGGUGUAGCCCACUCGUCACUACUACGCUUUUGGGGCAGCGUCGUUGUCGAGGCGGUAACUGGAAGACUGAGCCAGGUCAGGAAUGGAAGAAAAGAAGUGCAGAAACAGCGGACAGAGGAUAUGCUGUUGAAGAUUUUACCACUGCUCAGUGAAGGGUUUGAAAUCAAAGACUGUCCAGAAUUUACAGUCACAUGUUUCACCAUUGUUCUCGUGCUAGCAGGCGGUGCGAAUCUCGGGGACCAGGUCAUCGACUCUUUGAUGAUGUCGAUUGCCCCCUUUAUUGCCGAAGAGACAUCCGACUCUAGGUCGGCUUUGGCAUGUUUGGCUAUUCUGGUCACCAAAAAGACCGACAUGAGAGUUCCCAGAAAUGUGCUUGACAUAUUCAUCAACACCGACGACAUAGGGCGACGACUGUCUGAUCUACUCAAAGUGGUGCCCUUGGCGUCCUUGUUCGAGGCUCUGAUCAGCUCUGCGACGUUCGGGUUGAAGCCCAAGAAUAUCGACAAACGAAUGCGCAUUGUCGAAUGCAUAUUUGACGUCGCUGAGGACCACUGCGCAUCGGCAACAAAAAGUCGGCUCCUUGCACCGCUGCUUCGAAAGUUUUUCUCAACAGAUUACACCCUUUCCGCAGAAUCGACAAGGUUGAUGCAUUUGCUUCAGACGCUGGCUGGCUCUUCAAAAUUCUCGCCGUCAUUCUCUCAUGCGAUGUCUUUGGCUGGCUGUACCCAGGCGGAGGUGGAAGGUCUUCUCCAGCAAACAAUUGAAAUCUCUCGGCAACCACUCCUUGAAAACACACCUAUGGAACUUGACAAUCUCGAAGAUGAAUCAUUACAGGAUUCGGAGCAAGCUGAAGCCAUGCUUGUAUCCCUUCCCCCUGAGACUAUCGAGUCGUCGUUCCUCGCUUCUGGGAAUAAUCGCUCUCCUCUGUUUGACCAGCUUACUCGAACAUUCGCGCUAUGUCACAAGAAUAGUCAGCUUUUGGAACGAUUUGAGCAACUUCCGCUCUGGAACAAGCACGAAGGGAAGCCCACCAAUCUACAUUUUACCUUCCUAUUGAGAGUGGCACUGGGCGCCUUUGCCACCCCUCAACGCAAUGCUGCGCUUCGGCUUCUCUCGGGAAUUAUCAAAGCGGAAUCACUGGGGCCUUUACAAGCUCUGAUUCCCUACAUUACCGUGCUUCUUUCUGACAACAGCCAACUUGUGCGACGAGCAGCCGUCGGUUGUAUGGCAGCUGUUCAAGAGGCAGCUUCAAAGGAAGGGAACGGUGAGCAAAUCACCGCCCAAACGGUGUACGAUGACCUUGGCAUGCGGAACGUCAAACCCCUGCAAUCUGCGCAAGCAGUAAAGAUCCUGGGCCAAGUCUACUUGCCUUAUCUCGAAGAAUUCGUCCUGGAUCCUACUUACAUACGGAGAAUUCUUCAGACAACCUUUACUGGGAAUGACCGAACGCCCUCGUCCAAAGCUGCUGAUAUUGAACUCAAAAAGAGCACGAAGCAAGCGCUCUAUGAUUUGUUGGCCGGCUGUGCUCUGGAAUGUUCUUUGCUGCGAGUCAAGAUCGGCAUUCUCGAGCUGCUGGUCGACGUCCACAAAGUGGGUAGCUUAAGCACCAGCAAGAUUCUGUCGCCUAUCCUCGAAACCUGGGCAUCGCUGAAUCAAGAAGAAGCCGAAAAUGCCGCGUCAUCAGAGAGUCUUUCUUUGGACCAAAUAGAUGCUGUGGUGGUUCGACUCGUGAAUGCACGAGACAAGGACGCCGUGGAGCACAUUCUCUCAAUGCUUAUCGAAGAUAGACUCCAGCCGCGUGCUGCUCUGGUCAAUGCGUUUUUUGACAGAAUUACUGCCAUCUGGAAGGAUAUGCAUCAUGAAUCACAAAUCUCUGCUGCCCUACGCCUAUUUGAUAUGUCCUUCUCCAAAAACUCGGCCCAAGCUGCUGGAAGUCGUCAUGUUUUGCACGCAAUCAACCUUUCUACGGAGAUUCUUGCUGCAAUCCUAGACCGCUCAUUUUCUGGCCUUGCAGAGAUGCAAACAGAUGUCCCGCCCAGGAAAAGACGUCGUGUCAGUCAUGGGCGUGAAAGCAUACCGAAGGAUCUGGCAUUCGAACUGGAUAUCAGUGAGGCGAGAUUGACUCUUGCGCUGGAGCUUGUGGAAGAUUCCAAACCACAAGGACAUCCACAACUGCUCGGAGGCUUGUUUGAGGUAUUGAUAAUCCUCAGACGACUCAAGGACAAGGGCACAUCUGAAUCUCCAUACCUUCUCAACCUUUGUCUCAGCAGCAUAUUGGCAAUCAUCGACAACGCACGAAAGUCUCCAAGGUCAACCAUCGACUUCUCUAUUGUUCGUACCGACUUGGUCACGGACUGUGUUCGAUCGUCAGAAAACCCACAGGUCCAGAGCACUGCUCUCCUUCUCUCGGCCGCCCUGGCUUCUUUGGCUCCAGAUCGGAUAUUGCAUAGCAUUAUGCCCAUCUUCACAUUCAUGGGUAAAAGCAUACUGUCAAAGGAUGAUGAGCGCUCAAUCUACGUUACCAAUCGAACCAUUGACGAAAUAAUCCCUCCUUUGGUUGCCACUUUGAAAAAGCAGGAUGCCAAAAAGCUCGUUCAUUCGACUUCAAGCCUGCUUUCCAGCCUCGUCACAGCGUACGACCACGUCCCUCAAUACCGAAGGGCCGCAUUCUACCAGCGGCUUCUCAGCAGGCUUGGUGCCGAUGACUUUGCGUUUGCGGUCAUAGCUCUUCUCGCAUCGAGGCGACAUGCGGAAGAUAUGUCCUCGUUCUUUGCAAGCUUGAUGGCAGACCUUUCGGCAUCAACUCAGCUGUUGACCUUUAGAAAGCUUGUCGAGUUGAGUGUUGAUAUUUUCUCCGAGGAUCCUCACGAUGCCGUUCCCUUGCUAGACAUCAGCAGAACGAGCUCGGAUGAGAAGAAGGAGCAAGAAGCGUUAACCUUACUAGAAGUGGCUUCGAAACUCCUCCAGUCCAAGACCCUCAAAGCGCAGGUAAAGAGACUUUCAAAAUCUGACGAAGCCGGAAAUGAAACCUUCUGGGUUGAGUUCGGUGUCUGUAUGACGCGCGUCCUUAGUAUGCUCAAAUCCCAGAAGUCCAGCCAUGGCAGUCUGACCCCAUCGACGAGGAAGUGUUUGAGCUCGCUCCUUGAACUACCUUCCCUCGCCGACCUUCUCAAGAUCAUGCCCAAUCUACUACAGGAUAUGGCACAAUCCGGAGAAGGUCAGCAGGAGCUCCAGCCUCUGGCGCUUAGAGUUCUUGCGACACAGCUCCAACAUACUGCUCCGAGUUCAAGGGACACCAAGACGCAAACGCAAGCCAUUGCAUUUCUCCCAACUCUACAGCACAUUAUCCGCAGCACGGACGAUGAGGCACUCAGGCAUGCAGCGAUUGCGUGUGUUGAUCGCAUAACUGAGGCAUACGGACGCAAGAACCCAGAAGAGGUCAUCAGCGCCUCUACCGCCCUGAUUGAAAGCGAAUUCGGCCUAGAUUCCCACAAUGAAAGGACAAGGAUCAUGUCUCUACUCUGUCUUGCCAGCACGACGGAGGUGCUUAAGGAAGGAAGUGUCCCGAUAGUGGUACAAGCCCUCCCUAAAGUCUUGCGUCUGUUGGAGUCGUUCUUAACUCGGCAAGGUGAAAGCAACACCAGCGAAGGCCGAGCGGAACUGCACGACGCUUGCUUCACGUUGCUUUCUUCGUUCAUCACGCACACUCCUUUUAUCAUCAGUGACGAAAGCAUUACUGAGAUCAUCAGUCUAUCCUAUCGCUCGUGCCUCGCAGAGCCGGACGAGGUGUCACGCAAGGAGGCUCGACUUGAGACGCUGAGCCUCAUGGCACAGCGAUUGGACUUGAAGACGCUCGUUAGCAGCUUGAGUCAGGCUUGGAAACUGGCGGUGGCAUCCGGCGAGAAGGUCGAUGGAGAAGCGAUCACUGAAUUCCUUGACAUGCUUUCUCAAGCAAUUGAGCGCAAUUCGAAAUCUGCCGUCGUGGGUGCUGCCGAUGAGAUAUCGGCUUUCAUACUGGACGUCCUGGAUCUGCGACGGCUCAUCCAAGAGAGGGACAGUGCUGACCAACAAGCCCAUGCCGAAACUGUCGCCUUGUCGGACAUUGAGGACGUGGAAAGGAGACUUCACGAGUUGGGCAUCGUGUUCAUUUACAAACUCAACGACACUACUUUCCGGCCCAUCUUUGAGGGAUGGGUUGAUUGGGCGACCCGAAAGAAUUCGGGGACUUCCACUUCUGCCGAAGGCAACUUGCAGGAGGAUAUGGCACGGCUGGCCAGACAAGCAAGCUUCUACCUCUUUGCCACGCAUUUCUUCGCGACCCUGAAGAGCAUCGUGACGAGCUACGCGAGCUACCUCCUCCCAUCCAUGAACGAUGUCUUGCAGUCGGCCAUCGACGGUGCCUCCUUGCCGGUGCGUGGAACGAAGUUGAACACCCCAGACCAAAAUUCUGAGACGAAACCCUCCCUGCACAUUGACCUGUCAGAAGACAGUAGCCUGCAACUGUACAAGUCGACCAUAACGCUAUUGACGACAGUCGCGACCCACGACGCAGAUGGAUUCUUUACUUCGCCCUCACAUUUCCAACCUCUGGUCAAUCUUCUCAUUGGGCAAUUGGGCCUUACCUCGUCUCCCAAAUCCCGAUCCAAAUCCACACCUGGGGGCAACACUGAGCCCAAGAGCAAGGGCAAAGCCAAGUCGUCCUCGUCUUUGCGGGGCAUGAUCUUCGACACGGUGAUCCCAUGCAUCGUGGCCCUCGCGACCGCCGUGCAAGACGUGCCUCCGCACCACCACGUCCUGAACCACCUGCUCUGCCAGCUCCGGCGCAGCCCCUCGGCGGCCGUGCGCCUCGCCAGCAUCCGCACGCACAUGACGCUGACCGAGUCUUCGGAGGUCGGCGACGAGUGGCUCCAGAACGUCGUGCUGGGCCAGUCGAGCACCGCCGCGACCGAGGGUGGUGGUGGUGGAGUCGCGGUUGGCGGCGCCGGCGAGACCAUGGUUUACGUCAACGAGAUGCUCGAGGACGACGACGAGGAGGUCGAGGGCGCUGUGAGGGAUUGGGUCAGGACCGUCAGGGAACGCGUCGGCGAGGACGUUUUUGAAUUUUAA